AUGGUAUUGAUUAAUGUAUUGAAACCCGAGUUAUGGAACUUCUUUGAGAACGCAAAUGUAAGUUAUUUGGAUUGUUUCGAUCAAUUUAUCAUUGUGGGUAAAUGGAUGUUUGGUAUUUUGAUGGGGCCAAUGUUAUUUUGCAUGAUGGUGUUCAAAAAGGGUUACACUGGAUCGAAUAAGCAAUGGAACUUUGCAUUGAAUGAGGUUGUUAAGGAUAAUCCUGCCCCUGAAGGCAACACCAGUAAGUGUAAGAAGUUUAAAGAACCUGUAAUUGAAGAAGAAAUAGAAGAAGAGGACGAAGAGGGCUCUUAUUCAGUGGAUGACAGUGAAGAAUCGAUGUAUGAAGAAAAUGAUGAUGUUGCUGGUCAGAGAAAGAUGAAAAAGCAGACAAAGAAAAAUCCUUUUAGUAAAUGCAGGCGUGCUUAUGAACAAGAGGAGGACGAAGAAUACGAGGAUUAUCAAGAGGAAGAGGAAGAGUCAGAAGAAGAAGAGGAACUUCGUGUUCAUAAAGUGAUAAAAAAGCCAAUGUCUAGGGCUGAGUAUGCCAAGUGUCAUGGCGUGGUAGUGGCUAGGGAAAGAGCAAAUUGUGACCGGAAGAACAACGGGUUUCCAGUGCCUGAAACAGAUUCUGAUUUGCCGCUAGGCAAAGUUUUAGCGACUGCCGUUAAGUAUGGUGAGAAAAACUCAACAAAUACCAACAGCACAAUAGUUAUGUCGAACUUUGUCCGUGCAUUGCAAGGUCCCUUGGAAAAGCAUGAUCAAUAUACUGAGACUAGGGAGAAGGAUAGUGUCCGCGAGAAAGAUCUUUCCGCUAGCGGUUGCCACCGUGCAAGCGGUAAUGCUUUCCUUGAUCUUGAUGGUGUGGAUAAGUCUGUUAAUAAGGUUUUGAAGGAUUUAGACUAUGUAGAUGUUCGUGAUGAUGAUUCUGAUGAUGAAGAGGGGGCACUGUCGCCUGGAGGAAGAGAGUUCUUACAAGAUAAUACAAUAUCUACCGGUUCUACAUUGCGGGGGACGAUACUUGGAACGGUUAAUCCUGUUGUCGAAAAAGUCCAACAUGGUGAACCUGUAGAGGUGAACCUUAAGGAGCGUGGGGCUCUGUUCUUAGCAGAUCCAGUACAACUACAUGAUGUGGAUAUGUUAGAGGAAGUUCCACGGGAACAAGAGGAGCCAGAGAAAUCACACAAGGAGCAUCCACACCAAGAGCAUACUCCACACCAGGAACCGCCACACCAGGAGCCGAAAAAGGAUAAUGUGCUGGAAAAGGAGGACCCACAAAAGGCCACGGUGCAAGAAAAGGAGACGAAGCAGGAGAAAGAAAAUGAAAAUGACGAAGAUCAGUAUGAUGAAGAUCAGGAUGGUGAAAAUCGGGAUGGUGAUGAUCAGGGUGGUGGAAAUUAG